CAUGGCAGGCCAUCAAAAAAUCAACUUGUUCCCACUCCACCUGUUCAAAACACUAUUAAUCUGCUGCCUUCCAAUAAAAGGCUUGGCUCUCAGCGAGGAGCCAAUCGAGAGGCAUUAGGGCUGUGAGACCCAGGCCAAUCCCAGGCUGCAUUCUAAUGUGGCCUAUCUUUAUCAAGGUGCCACUCCAUUUCCAGAUACUGCUUAUUUAUGACUUCUGAGCAGAGAGCCGGCAGGAGCCAUGUGUCUUUAGGAGAACACCAAAAUCUGUGUCCAGAGGGCUCGCCCGAGACGUCAGAUAUGGGAUUAUCACAGAGCACACUGAGGCUGAGAAGAGGUGAAGGGCGAAAGUGAAGAGUUUAUUAGUUUUUUUCUGAUGUGGUAGCAACUUUGGGGACUUUGUUAAAAUUGCUAUUAAUGCUUGUUAAGAUCUGCACAUCUGGGGCUGUUGGGUGUGAUCCCAGAUCCAAGACAUCGCUCACGGGUGAGAGAACUCCUUCUGGGCCUAUCACAGGUCUUUUCCUGCCUGGAUCUUAUUGGAUGAGUUACUGAGACCUGGAGGCAGAGUGACAGUAUUUCCCAUGGAUCCAAACAUCCAGGGGUCUUUCCUGUUCAACAACAGCCUAAACCAAUUCCCCUCUGAACUCAAGGCGCCGGUGUGUCAGUACUCCGUGCCCAACUCUUUCUACAAGCUCAACCCGGGCCUGAACAGCCAGCUGCAGGCAGGGACGCCACACGGCAUCAGCGACAUCCUGAGCCGCUCCAUGAUGGGCUCCACAGGCACCACCACCCUGCUGUCCGGAUACUCCACCAUGGGGGGCUUCAGCCCCUCCGUCACCAGCACGUCCAUGUACUAUAACCGAGACUACAACUCCUCCCUGGGCGGCUUCUCAAAGCCCGGCGCUGAGUGCCCCAUGAAGGGUCGCAGCAUGAGCUGCUGGGCGGAGAGCGGCUGUGACUGGAGAGGAGGGAGGCAGCAGUGCACCAACAGUAGUGGUCCUCUCGCGGAGAUGACAGGCAGGAAGAAACACACCAGACCAACAUUCAGUGGACAUCAGAUAUUUGCUCUGGAGAAAACAUUCGAGCAGACCAAAUACCUGGCCGGGCCUGAGAGAGCCAGACUGGCGUAUUCUCUGGGCAUGACUGAAUCACAAGUCAAGGUGUGGUUUCAGAACCGGCGCACCAAGUGGCGGAAGAAGAGCGCCUCAGAGCCGAGCUCCACGCAGGCCAGCCUCGCGGGGCAGAGCGGCGAGACUUCGGAGAACGAGGUGGAGGACGAGGAGUACAACAAGCCUCUGGACCCCGACUCCGACGACGAUAAGAUCCGACUGCUGCUGCGCAAACACCGCAGAGCUUUCUCGGUGCUGCGCCUCGGGCCUCACCACGUCUGACACACUUCCUGCUAAUCACACACACGUGCGCGCGCUCCUAAGCAGACCUGCAUGCUGUCAUUAAAGUUAUUAGUUUUGAAUACAAAGUUUAAGCAUUCACGCAUGCUCAACAGAGGUCACCUGUGGUCAUUCAACAGGCUUUUCAAAUGAAGCUCUUUACUUUUAUAAGUUACUGUAUCUCUGCUCGGUUUCAUGAUACACUGUUGUGGGGAAUUAAGUU